AUUCGGGAAAUCAUGACCAUCAUUUCUGCCGCGAAUGGUAUUUCCCCAGAGGAGAAGGCUCUAGUUUCCUGGAUAUUCUCCCAGAUUGGUCCCUCGAUGGUGCUCGGUUAGGAUCAUGUAGAUGUUUGCACCGCCAGGCGCGUGGAUCCAGUCCCACUUCCCAUGCUCCUAUCAUCGAGGCCAUGGCUGAUCGGGGGGGGUCAUGAAGUAAUUUCAGAGGGCGGAGGCAGCGAUGUUGGCUGCUCAGGGUCAGAUUUUGCGGUUUUGUUUCCCCGUUUGUUCGCUUGUCAUAUGUCGAUGUGGUUGGACGUGUGGGGGUUUAUUGUAGCCACGAGAGGUACCAGUAGAAUGGUUUUGGCUGACCAGCAUCCGGCAAUCAUCAGAGAGCAAGUUUCCACUCCAGCUGGGUGCACUAUCAAUGGCUUACUCAUCUUGGAAGACGGAAAGAUC